GGUGAAGGGUGAAAGGUCGGGGAGCAGCUGGCUGGGUGUUGGCUGCUGCUGGCGGAGGCGCUGCGGUGCCCGCGGCUCGGGAGCGCCCCGCAGGCAUGGAGUUGGAGACGGCGCUGGAGGCCGUGAGGGGGCGCGGCGGGGCCGAGGGCCUCGAGCGGGUCCUGGGCCGGUACAACGAGAAGAAUAGGGCCACUUUCAAAUUUGAUCCUGCAGAUGAGGACAAAAGAAAGAAACUGUGUGAAGGAAUCUUAAAGAUCCUCGAAAAAGACACAAAAACUUCAUGUCAAGUUGCUUGUCUUGAAGCCCUUCGGAUUCUCUCCAGAGAUAAGAAGGUUUUAGUGCCUGUGACAACAAAGGAAAACAUGCAGAUCCUGAUGAGGCUGGCAAAGCUGGACAUGACAGAAGAUUCUUUGGAGGAUGUGUCCAAUUUCCCUGUUAUAGUGGAAGCUUUAAAAUGCCUCUGUAACAUAGUUUUUAAUAGUGCCAUUGCACAGAAGCUCAGUUUGGAACUGAACCUUGCAGCUAUGCUUUGCAAUCUACUGAAAAAAUGCAAGGACCAACAGUUUGUUGAUGACAUUAAAUGUUUUGAUUUGCGCCUUCUCUUCCUCCUGUCACUUCUGCACACAGAGAUUCGGUCACAGUUGCAUCAUGAGCUACAAGGGUUGCAGGUUUUGACUCAAGCCUUGGAAAGUUCAUUUAGCAUAAGAUGGACAGACAAAUACAAAGCUGCUGAAGAGCAUGAUGGAUCUCCUUUAUCGCUACAAGAAACAGAUUGUGCCAUUGAGGCACUCAAAGCUCUCUUUAAUGUGACGCUUGACAGUUGGAAUGUCCACAGUGAGAAUGAAUCUCAUCAAUUUCGUUAUAUGGCUGCCAUCCUUCGCCACUGCUUAUUAACCGUGGGCCCUACUGAAGACAAAACUGAAGAAUUGCACAGUAAUGCAAUCAACCUUUUAAGCAAUAUUCCAGUUUCUUGUUUGGAUGUUCUCAUUAAUCCAUCAACCCAAGAAGAAACAGUUUUGAAAUAUAAUGGUAUGAAUAUGGAUGCCAUUCAAGUGUUGCUGGAUUUCAUGGAGAAAAGAAUAGACAAGGGAAGCAGCUACAGAGAGGGUCUGACUCCAGUUCUCAGUUUACUAACAGAAUGUUGUCGAGCUCAUCGGAACAUCAGGAAGUUUAUCAAAGCUCAGGUAUUGCCUCCAUUAAGAGAUGUAUCAAAUCGUCCUGAAGUUGGCACAACAGUGAGAAACAAACUUGUGCGCCUUAUGACACAUGUCGACCUUGGAGUAAAGCAAAUUGCAGCAGAAUUCCUUUUUGUCCUUUGUAAGGAGAGAGUUGACAACUUGUUAAAGUAUACAGGCUAUGGUAAUGCAGCAGGCCUGCUGGCAGCAAGGGGCCUGUUAGCAGGAGGAAGGGGAGAUCAUUGGUACUCGGAUGAUGAAGAUACAGACACUGAAGAAUAUAAAUCUGCAAAGCCAAACAUUAAUCUUAUCACUGGCCAUGUAGAGGAGCCAAUGCCCAACCCUAUGGAUGAAAUGACAGAAGAACAAAAAGAAUAUGAAGCCAUGAAACUUGUCAACAUGUUUGAUAAACUUUCCAGGGAUGAGGUUAUAAAACCAAUGGGAGUUCGACCAGAUGGCACGAUGACUCCUUUGGAAGAGACAAUCUGCCAGUACCAAACCAAUGAGCAAGACAGUUCAGAUUCAGACUAAAGCAUCACCUGCUUCUGUCAAUAUCUCCUUUAAUCAGCAUCUUCCCUCAGAGCCUCGACAUCUUUUAUCUACACAUUCUACCCUCUCAUUAGCCAGCAUCACUUUAAGUCUUAUUAUUGGGAUAUUUGAAUGAUGGAUCUUGUGGUGUAAUCUCUGCAUUUUUAUUAAUCCAUUUAUAUAGGAACAAAUUAUCAGUUUAUUAAUUGUAAAGCAAAUUGUAUUUCAGUGAGAUGAAAAUAAAAGAUUGCAAUGCAAAAAAAGUAAA